GAGUCAAGACGCGCUACGACACCCCACACCACACAGGGUUUGCCCUCUAUUGGUAACGUUGAUGGGCACACGCUCAGCCAGCCUUGACUAACACGUCCUGCCUGCACGCGCCUUGCCUGCACCAUCUUGCCUGCGUCAGCUUAUGCGGCACAGCCAUGCGACGCAGCACAGCCCAGUGAUGGCUUGCUCACGAUGGCAAGAACCCUCCGUCAGCCUGCUCGCGACCUCCAGACCGUAGACGCUUCCAGACACCGCGCUCAGCUAUGCACCUCUGAGCCGACAUGGCCAUCACGAAAAAGGGUCCCGUUCUGCGCGUCACCGGCCUCGCAGCCUCGCAGCCAGACGAGGAGCUGACGGCAUCACUGAAGGCUGCCAUCAACGACAACCUGACAAACGAAGAAAAGUCAAAGACAGACGUCAGAGUGGCUAUUGUGCCCUCCUGCUACAACGAUGAGGAAAAGGUCGCGCUGGUGGAGUACCGCGGCGGGAUGCCUGCGUUCCUGUCGGCGCUGAUAGCCAAUCCGCUGGAGGAGUGGCAGGUAGAGAUGGGCGACACGGACGUCAGCUUCGACCAGCACUUCUUCGGCUUCACCCAGCUGUAUGCGUCGACGCCUGACGCACCAGUCGUUGCAGAUGUGAUCGCCAUCACCGGCCUUGACGGCCACGCGUACGGCUCGUGGCAGGGCAAAGGCAAUCUCGGGCGCAUGUGGCUGCGCGACUUCCUGUCCGAAGACCUGCCGUGCUGCCGCACCAUGAUCUACGGCUACAACUCGAAGCUGUCGAGCUACGGGGUGGAUACGAUCAUGGACUACGGCCGGGGCCUGCUAGAGGAGCUCAAGAAGAUCCGGAGCACAGAAGAGCUGCGACAGCGGCCGCUCUUCUUCAUCGCACAUAGCUUCGGCGGUAUUAUACUCGCCCAUUGUCUCGUCAAAGCGGCCCAGAUAACGGAAGACCAUCCAACGAUAGCAGCCCUUCACAGAGCAACAUACGGCAUGCUUCUGUUUGGGAUUCCGCACAAAGGUCUCGUGGUAGACGACAUUCGGAAGAUGCUGGCCGGAGAAGACGGCCAUCCGCGGAGAGCGCUGCUGGAUCAGAUUAGGGAAAAGUCUGAUCUGUUAGCAUCGCAGUUAGACAACUUUAGGAAUCUUAUUGAAGACCGCAAGCUAGUGAGCUUCUACGAGACAGGGCAGACGCGGCAGCUGCAGUUUGACAGCGAGGGCAAGCGAUGGAUGAGGACUGGCGAGUUCAUCACGGCCGUAGACAGUGACUCGGCGCUUCUCCAGCUUCCAGACUCGACGGAGGAGAAGAUCCCUCUGGACGCUGACCACUCGAUGAUGGUCAAGUUCGAUAACAAGAACACUCGAGGAUACAGCAGCGCGCGGGACAAGCUUAGGCAGUUUGCGCGGGAUGCUACAGGUGUGGUGGCAGGUCGAUUUGCGCGAGCGCAGAACAGGCCCAAACCGUCGAACAUGGUACCGUUUCCACGAGACUGUGCAUUUGUGGGCCGAGAGGACGUCCUUGCAAAGAUCCAGGAGAUUCACAGAAACUCAGCUUUGCGAGGUCACGGCCGGGUAGCGCUUGUUGGUCUAGGAGGCGUAGGAAAGUCACAGAUUGCUAUAGAGUACGCGUACAGAGCCAGAGAGGCUGCGCCGCACAUGUGGGUGUUCUGGGUACACGCGAGCAACGCCGCCAGGUUUGAACAAGCGUACCGAGAGAUUGCAGUUAGGGUCGAGCUGCCGGGGCACGAUGACCCCAAGACAGACAUCCUCCGCUUGGUGCACAACUGGCUCUGUGACGAGAGGAACGGACGGUGGCUGAUGAUCCUCGACAACGCUGACGACGAUCGGGUGUUCGCCUCUGCCAGUACCACCAACGACUCGGGUAAGGCUGCGCAAGGGCUUGGACCCGCUUGGGAAGCGGCGGUGCCGUUGGCAAGCUUUCUUCCGCAAGCGGCGAGCGGCUGGAUACUAGUCACCUCGCGCGAUCUGAUUGCCGCGGUGAACCUAGUGGGAGCACGACACAACGUGGUUCAGGUGGAGCCGAUGGGCGAGCGCGACGCCCUGACGUUGCUGAAGUCGAAGAUGCAGGUGGACGAGUCGUCUGAAGGCGACGCGAGAGCGCUUGUGAAGACACUGGAAGGCAUCCCGCUUGCUGUCACGCAGGCGGCUGCGUAUAUCGCUGUAAGAGAGCCAAGAAUCACCUGCUCCACGUACCUCGAGCUGUUCCGCGAGAGCGUGGAGAAUCAAGCGCACCUCCUAAACGACAAGAAGGCAAGAGACAUAAGGCGAGACGCUAGUUCAACAAGCGCAGUCAUCACCACCUGGCAGCUAUCGUUCGAGCAGAUCCGGAAGACGAGUCCCGACGCAGCGGACCUGCUCUCGCUGAUGACCAUGUUUGACAGGCAUGGCAUUCCCGAGUACGUGCUGUACGAGGGCAGAAGCAAGCUGCAGUUCACUGAGGCUGUGGGAACGUUGUUCCACUUUUCGCUGAUCAGGGCGCAAAUUGGAGAGCAGUCAGGGAAGCAAAUGCAGGAGCAGUUGCUUGAGAUGCACGGCUUGGUGCAGCUAGCGACCAGGAAGUGGCUCCAAGGACAUGGCCAAGUCGAUGUGUGGCAGAAGGCGUCGCUGCGAAUCAUGGCAUCAGAGUUUCCAAGCGGGCAGCAUGAGACGUGGGCGGCUUGUCGGACUCUGCUUCCACAUUCCACGAAGGUACUUGGCUAUAGCAUGGAGGAUAACGAUGCAAGGCUAAAUCGAGCGACGAUCGCAACCUACACAGCGUGGUACCUGAUGCUGAUGGGGCAGUAUGCAGAGGCGGAGUGGAUUGGGCGAAGUGCAGUGGCGGCAAGGGAAGAAGUCCUUGAGCUCGAGCACCCUGACACGCUCACCAGCGUCAGCCAUCUUGGGACAGUGCUGGAGAGGCGGGGCAAGUACGAGGAGGCAGAAGCGAUGCAUCGACGAGCGCUUGAGGGGUACAAGAAGGUGCUUGGGCUAGAGCACCCCGGUACGCUCACCAGCGUCAGCCAGCUUGGGUCGGUGCUGGAGAGGCGGGGCAAGUACGAGGAGGCGGAAGCGAUGCAUCGACGAGCGCUGGAAGGAAGAGAGAAGGCGCUUGGGCUCGAGCAACCCUACACGCUCACCAGCGUCAGCAAGCUUGGGUCGGUGCUAGAGAGGCAGGGCAAUCAUCCCGACACUGAGUCUUCUACAGCGACGUUGAACCGGUGGCGUUUAGAGAGCCUAGAUCUAGGAGCGUGA